AGAACCACAUGUAUUUCUUGGAACUGAGAGCAAGCAAACGUCUUUGUACUUCUAAGCCGUGGUUCUUUGCCACUGUGUCACGACAGAAUCCGUGUUCAAUAUACAACCACUUGAUCUUAGCUUAGUCAGGUCUCCGCACAAACGGACGCGCAUAAGUGGGAGAGCUUUGUUGGUGUUCUGGGCUGCAUGGCACUUGAGCAGCAAGAGUGCAGCAGCAGCAGCAGCUCCAGUGCUUUUCCUUGGGUACCAAUGUGUCUAGCUGGUGCUUGAGCAUCACCAUCACCGGCAGUAUCACCACCACCAGCAACAGCAGCAACAUCACCGGCAGUAUCACCGUCAGCAACAGCAGCAAGAUCACCACCAGCAGUAUUACCACCACCACCACCACCAGCAACAACAGUAGCAGCAUUGAUCACUGUGCAUGCGUGUAGCCUACCGCCAUGGAGCAGACUUGCCCGAGAUGUCGCACCAGCACCUUCCAGAACCCUCACCUCAAGCUCAUGGUGAACGUUUGCGGCCAUCGCCUGUGUACGAACUGUAUCGAAGCCGUCUUCACCCAUCCAACGUCGAAUUGUUUAGACUGUGGAAAGUUACUGCGGAGAAGUGAAUUCAGGGCACAGCUGUUUGAGGAUGCUAGCGUGGAGCGAGAGGUGGACAUACGCAAGCGGAUUCUCAGAGAUUAUAAUAAGCGACAGGAGGAUUUCAAGACGUUGAGGGAGUACAACGACUAUCUGGAAGAAAUUGAAGAAAUCAUUUUUAACCUGGCCAGCGGCACUGACAUUGAGCAGACGCAGGAGCGUGUGGAGAAGUACCGUGCCGCCAAUCAAAUGCAGAUCGUGAAGAGUCGCUCUAUGCAGGCCCGGCACAUCCAGUCUAUGGAGCAAGAGCUGGCGGCCGUUCUUGAAGUGGAUGAGAUGCAACAGCAGAUGCAGCGAGCCGAAGCAGAAAGACUAGCGGAACUGCGUAAGAAAGCCCGUAUGGAUGUCAUUGAUUUACUGGCUACAACUUCUCGGCCUGGUGAAGCAGUUCGUCAGCAUUUGCAGAAGCUAGAUGAUUUGAGCCGGCCGACCGAGAUAGCUGCACCUCCUGCGCCAAAAACCCUGGGAACGGGUCAUGAAACCUUCAUCCCGACAAUUCCAAUGGACGAAGGCCACGCAUACGUGUAUGUGCCUGAGAGUAUCGACACGGAUGGUCCGCCACUUCUAUCUCUUGACGAAAUCACUCAGCGUGGCUACUCUCAACAUUGGAGGUCACUGACGCCCACAGAAGCUGCUGGCGGCUUCACAAUGGACCAUGCCUGCUCCCGUGUCUUGCUCGACGCUUUCUCUGGCCUAUUCUGCCCCGCGUAGCGUCAAUGCCACCCGUUACUAUGUGUGUGUGUGUGUGUGUGUGUGUGUGUGUGUGUGUGUGUGUGUGUGUGUGUGUGUGUGUGUGUGUGUGUGUGUGUGUGUGUGUGUGUGUGUGUGUGUGUGUGUGUGUGUGUGUGUGUGUGUGUGUGUGUGUGUGUGUGUGUGUGUGUGUGUGUGUGUGUGUGUGUGUGUGCGUAUGUGCGUAUGUGCGUGUGUGUGUGUGCGUAUGUGCUUGUGUGCAUACAUUCUUGAGUAUGUAUGACUGUAUGUUUUCUUUCUUUCUUUUAACCAUGUGUAUAUGAACAUUCUACACGUACGUGCUGGUUUACCUACACCACUGGCAGCACAUGCCCAAUUCCGUUCGUGGCAGUCACCAUUGGUAUUUGAGCUUUACCCCCGACCGCGUACAGUUCUCGUUGUAGCUGCGUGCUCCUUCCCGGAUGAGCGGUUUUGGAUCCUCUGGCUAAUCGUGGCUCCGUAAAUUUUAUUUAUUCCAUCUUUUCUAGAAAACGUACUCCUUAUGGUGGAACCCAGCAGAUCUAUCACAAAAAUGCUCAUGAAAAGAACAAUCUUUGAAUUGCAUAUUCUCUCAUGCAACAAUAAUAAUUAUGUUACACGAAGGUGCUGGUGAAUUGCACCACUCCAUGCAGUGACAGGCGCUUUGUUAUUAUUAUUUUUUCUGUCUUUUUUUUCUUUUAACCAGUUUCAAUGCCGUAUUUCAGUCUGUUCACUCUUUUUAGAACACCUCAUCUCACCUGGAGGCAUGUUGAAUGAUCAUGAUUGAUAUGUUCCAUCGUUUGUUAGGUGACAUGUUUUUGAUCUUCUGUCAUCAGCUCAAUGCCAAGUCUGGCCCGUACUCUACUGCUAGUACUAGUACCUAACCAACUUGCACUGCUGCAGUAUGCGGUGGCUUCAAGAACAACAUCAUUUGAAAUUA